UCGUCUGUCUGAAAAUGUCUUCGUCACGGGCUGUCAAAAACCGAGUCCUCCCUCAAGUCAACAGCAGCUUCACUUCAUGAAGUUUUCGUAGUAUAAUUGUAUAUGUUUCUACUCAAGAUUAUAUAAAUUAUGCCGAAGAAUAAAGGAAAAGGAGGUAAAAACAGGAGAAGGGGGAAGAAUGAGAACGAAACAGAGAAACGUGAGUUAGUCUUCAAAGAAGAUGGACAAGAGUACGCCCAAGUCACAAAGAUGCUCGGUAAUGGCCGCCUGGAGGCCAUGUGCUUUGAUGGCAUAAAACGUUUAUGUCACAUACGAGGAAAGCUACGAAAAAAGGUUUGGAUAAAUCAAGGAGAUAUAAUUUUAAUCGGUUUACGAGAUUAUCAAGAUGCCAAGGCAGACGUCAUUUUGAAGUACACUCCUGACGAGGCAAGGAAUCUGAAGACGUAUGGAGAGUUCCCUGAAACAGUGCGCAUCAAUGAAACUGUUGUCUACUCCGUUGAUGGUCUGGACGAAGACAUCGAGUUCGGAGAUGAAGUCAGUUCAGAGGAUGAAGCAGAUGCUGUUGAUGCUAUAUAAAAACGUUAGCACUAUUUAUAAUAUUUACAGUAAGUUUAUGUAAAUUUAUUUUGCUGUUAUAAAUAAACAUGACUUUGUGAUUUUGUAAAGAUUAGUUCAGUAAUUUUCUCAUGAUGUCUGAUUUAAAAUUCAGUAGUUCCAUCAACCUACCAUCAGUAUUCGUCUAAAUUAAAAUGUAAGUGUUUAUAACACAUCCUGUAUUGAUUAUUCAGAUAACUACGAUUAUUAAAUAUCUAAAACCCAUACUAUUAACAUCAUUAAUUAAGAAUUCUAUUGUUAAACAUUCCUUGAAUAGAUCUUACUCAUUACCACUUUAGAGUCUAUAUUUAAGGAAUGUGUACAUAUAUACCUAAAUUAAAUACAUUCACCAACAA